UCGUCACGCAAUGGUUGUGUGACAGUAAUAUCCAUGGACACAGGAAGGGUGCUCGAUGUAGAAGCCCUCAGUCAAGGUUGCAAACAAUGUGAGCGCCAUGAACACUUAGAUAAAACAUCUCUUGAAUAUCAGACUUGGAGAGCUGAGCACACUAAGUGUAAAGCUAAUUUUUGGGGAUCAGCACCAGCUAUGGAGCCGGAAGGAGCAGAGCGCAUAUUUCAAAGGUCUUUAGAACUGCACAACCUCAGAUACACUGAAUUCUAUGGGGACGGUGACAGUAAAAGUUUCAGUCGAGUAAAAGGAGUUUAUGAAGAUGCUGGUAUUGAAAUGGGAAAGAAGGAAUGUAUUGGUCAUGUCCAGAAGAGAGUGGGAACUACACUUCGUAAAUUGAAGCGUGAGAAUCCAGGCCUGGGAGGCAAGGGAAAACUGACAGACAGUCAAAUUGAUAAACUACAGAACUAUUAUGGCAUAGCCAUAAGAUCAAAUGUUGGAGAUCUUGCUGGCAUGAAGAAAGCCAUUCAUGCUAGCCUGAUGCAUUGUAGCAUCUACUGAGGCACGCCCACUUCAUGAUCAUUGCCCAACAGGCAGUGCAAGCUGGUGCCGGUAUCAGCAGAAUAAAGCCAAUGGCACAAAGCUUUACAAGCAUGGGCCAGGCUUACCUUUAGAGGUAGUUGCAAAAUUAAAGCCAGAGUAUAUUCGACUCAGUGAGGACAGCUUGCUUGAGAAGUGCUUGCAUGGCAAGACACAGAAUCAAAAUGAAUCUUUAAAUGGAAUGAUUUGGCAAAGAGUCCCAAAAGAAGUUUACGUUGGAAGAGAAACAUUAGAAUUAGGACUGUAUGAUGCAGUUUCCCAUUUUAAUAUUGGAGCAGUAACUGUUAUCAAGCUGUUCCAAGGCUUAAACAUUCCUCCUGGAAAAUAUACUGAAGAGGGGUGCAAACUUCAAGAUCAGCUACGAGUGGACGGUGCGGAGUAUAAAAAUAAAGCAAGCACUAAGAAGAGGAGAAAAGUCAUCAGAGGCCUGAAGAAAAGAAACGAUGACAAAAACAAGCAAAGAGAGGGUGUAAACUAUGCCUCUGGAGAGUUCUAA